AUGAUUGGAAUAUAAAUCUAGCAACGUUUGCCAAUACAGAAACGAUUCGGAAUGCUAUCAGUCUAAACAAAUUUGUUGUAAACAGUUAAACACUUCGGUUCUGUUUAGUUUCAGAAUGUCAGUGUAUCUGGAUUAAAAGCUGGUUUAAAUAAUUACAAUCAUGGACAGGAAUAUUAACUUAUUCAGUUCAAUUGUGUACAUCAUAAAAAAUGACAAAUUACUAAAGGACAGUUCACGACUUAACAAACAACUGUCAGACAGGCAUGAAUAUAAGCUGCUAGAUGAAAACAGAAAUCGACCAUAUGGAUAUGUAUAUCUUAAAGAAACGCAAGAUAUUACGAUAAGCGAUCGAGGCAGUGUUAAGUCAUCUUUAAAAAUUCAUGACGAUUUGCAUAGGUUAGACAAUAGGAACGUUCAUGAGAUGUACAAAGGGUUAAGAAAGCUAUUUUUGACUUUGGCAGUUCUAGACGUUUUACUCAUUGUGAUUGUAAUAUUAGUUAUAUCUACAUAUUGUCUGACGAUCAAACCUGACACAUCACAGCUGCAAACUGGUUCGAAGCAUGAAACAAUAAUUUCUCACUUAUUACGAAAUCAUGUAAUCAAGAACGUUUCCUGUGUAUCUUGUAACAGUGUGAGAGAUAUAGAACCACAGUUGUUUCAGGGAACAGGAGAUGGCAGUUGCUGCAUUAAUGGAAUUGACUCGCUGAUAAUGUUGAUGAAGGCAUUCGAUUUUAAGACGAUGAGUAAGCGCAUUUCAGACCUAGAUAGACUGCAGAAAGACCUUGUCAGUCUGAAACACAAUUUACAGACCAUUAUUUACAGAAGAAGAGGUCUUCCAACGAGUGAUACAGAUUAUGACCUUCAAAGUCUAAUGAAUGCAAGGAUUAAACAAAACAACAAACUAAUCAACAUUAUUUUGAAUCGCAGACGUUCUGUGUUACAGAUGUCAGGAACAGCAUCUGAAAGCGGUAUUAUUUGGCGUGCACAUGUAAAAGAAGGAGAACUUUGGCAUGAUACAGGCGGUGUUCAUGUUAAUCAAGGUGGCCGGUACUUUGUCUACUGCAAAAUUCAUUUCUCAAAACAAGUCUGCGACGGAUCAGAAAAGUUUGAGUUCAAUAUUUACCAACAGUACAAUUCUGGAAUAUAUUUCCCUGUGGCACAUGCACAAAAGGGCUGCGUAAACGGAAGUCGAUUUGACGACCAUCUAAUGGUGCAAAGCGUUGUUGAUAUAGACCUUGUACAAAAUGCAACAAUAAACAUUCAAUAUGAUAGCAGAUACCACAGGUUCAUUGACAGAACAUUCGAAACGCACAUGAUGGGGCUAUUUGAAAUUUGAUUGUAUUGCAUGAAUUACACUCUAAUGUACAGAUACGUUAUCAGUUUUAUGCCCUGUUAACGGCUUAUAUCAUUUAAAAUAUAUAAAUAUAUUAGAUAGAUUUAUAUCGGUAUGGAGUGCACAUACAUGGACAUUUAAAACAACAUGUAUAGUAAAUACAAUAUAAUACAUACAUGAACUUAUAAAUAGCCACGACAGGCACAACAUCACCAAGGAUUACACAAAAAAGAGAAAACUCUUAUUUCCACUGUGGUUCUUUGUGUUGGUGGCAUGACAUAGUGAGGCAUAGCAUAGUUUAAAGAAUUAUGUAACUAGAUAUAAGUUGCACAAUUAUAUCAAUCAAAGAAUUAUUUGACUAGACAGAAAUUGCACAACUAUAUCAAAAUGUAAAAUGCGAGCUUAUGUUCAAAAUAAAAGAAAAGAAUUCUUUGAAAACAUUUCAUAAGAAGAUGAUUUUGCUGUUCCUGCUUUAAGUUCUAAAGACUUCAGUACACACGUGUUUGAAAUAAUUGAAAUGAAGCAGUUUAGAAUAUUUCAGUUAAGUGGAUCGGUGAUAUUUAAGAUAAUUGAUGUAUGACUAUUCGAUCACAGAAUCUGUUUUACACAUUUCACUCUAUGUACUUUUAGCCCUAUGUAAAGGUCGUGUAAGCACAUUGUAUGAACAUUAUUUGUUUAAAUAAAAGUGCUUUAUAUACCAUGAGCUGUACCUCACUCUGUGCUUGUUACAAGUAUAACUUCAAUAUUUCUUUGAAAGUGUUAAAAAUAAACGGCUGCGUUUUUAGAACG